AUGCGACAGCUCAGCUGCGAAAGGACGGUUUCUCGAGCAGCCUUUACCCUGCGAGACAAGAACCCCGGUUCUCUGCCGACUGACACAGGCGCAAGCAGAAGCAACGGCUUGGGCCAAGAGAAGAUGAAGAAGAGUAGCACGUCUGUCGGCCUGCGAUCCCGGGCCAUGGAGAUGCGUGCCAACAACGAUAAGUGGUAG